ACGAACUUGGAGCUGAAGGAUGUCUCUGAGCUCCUCUAGUCCUGAUAUAACGCGAUCGCUCUCCUUUAAUCUCUAACGACUCCGAACACUUGGGAUCACCGGCGCUGCUGCGCGGCUCAGCCGCAGUUCAUCGGGCGACUCGGGAGGCUCUGGGUGGCUCUGAACCCGCGGGGUCUCCGGCGAUUUCUCUGAGGUCUGGAUGCGUUUUUGCACGUUUUGAUUUUGGGCACCGAACUGGAACUGGAACUUGCACACACACACACACACACACACACACACACAAUGAGGAGCUGUGUGUCAGGCUGCAGGAGAAUGGAUGUGACUUUAACGCUGCUGCUGCUGCUGACGCUGGCAGACUGGACAGUGGGAUCUUCUCUGUAUGUAGCGGACAGUCGAUCACCGCGUCUGGCUCUGGAAAAGAGUUUGAGCUGGCCGCCCAAAGAGGCUCAGUGUCAGCACAUGCUAAAGCGGCUCCAUAAUGGAGCACGUGUCACUGUGCAGAUGCCCCCUAAUAUAGAGGGCCGCUGGGUUUCCACCAGCUGCGAGGUACGUCCUGGGCCGGAGUUCAUCACCCGACUCUACCACUUCCAACAUAACCACACGUUUCAAGCCCACCAGUUCUACUAUUCUGACAACCACUGCACAGUGCCCAGCUACACACUGGUGAUCCAGGGCCAUGUGCACAUGCGCCAAGCUUCGUGGGUCAUACGUGGUGGCACUGAAGCGGACUACAAAAUCCACCAUAUGCAGGUGGUGUGCCACUCAACUGGCUCAGCAAAGGAGCUUAGCAGGCAUUUGGCAAAGAGCUGCGAGGGAAUGAAAAGAGCCAUCUUGGAGCCAAAGAUAAGUUAUGAGCUGUGUAGCGAGGAAGGAAACUGCAACUGUUUCCUCGGCCUGAACUUCACCAUGCACGAGCUGCAACUGCUGCGUGUUGAGAAGCAAUACGUGAACAGGAAUAUGGAGCAGCCGGUGGAGGAACUCUUCCUAGGUGAUAUUGAAACUGAUCCGAGCCAACGGAUGAACCACAAGCCCUCCAGCUAUCAGCCACCACUGCAGAACGCCAAGAAUCACGAGCAGAACUGCAUCGCGUGUCAGAUCAUCUCACACUCGGAUGAGUUCCGCCCUCCCAUCCUUCCGCAGCGGCAUGAGCUCAGUGUACACCUGCACGGCCAGUGGGUUUCCCAGCGGUGUGAAGUUCGGCCAGGCGCACUCUUCCUCACGAGACAUUUCAUCUUCCAUGAUAACAACAACACAUGGGAGGGUCACUACUACCACUACUCAGAUCCUGUCUGCAAGCACCCAACUUUCAGCAUCUUUGCAAAAGGGAGUUACAGCCACAGCGUUCUCUCCACGCACGUCAUGGGAGGAACUGAGUUUGUGUUUGAAGUGAACCACAUGAGGGUGGUACCGAUGGACCCAAGCACUACAUCCCUCCUGAACAUCUUUGAUGGAAAUGAAUGUGGUGCUCAAGGCUCGUGGCACAUUGGCGUGGAGCAGGACGUAACAUCGACGAAUGGCUGCAAGGCCCUAGGGAUCCACCUCCCGCACACAGAGUACGAGCUCUUUCGCAUGGAGCAGGACGCUCAUGGUCACUACGUGCUCUAUAACGGCCAGCGUCCCAGCGAUGGCUCCAGUCCUGACCGGCCUGAAAAACGUGCCACCUCUUACCAGACACCGCUGGUGCAAUGCUCAGCCAGUAGCCAAAAGUCAGGGGGGAACCUUGAUCACCAUUCAAAACUGCAGCACAAGCUGAAUAACAGCUGUUGCCCAGCUCAACAAAGCUACUUGAUGGUGGUUUUUGUGGGUUUAUAUGUGCUGGUUAUACCCUUCCUUGGUUGAAAGAACAACCCCUGAAGCUGAACUGAUAAUUCUGUACAUCUUUGUACAUAUUGACACAAGAGGACCAGAGAAACGUGAGCGCGCACUCUGGCCCCCUUUGAGCAGGUUUACUUGAGACACUUGGGCAAUCUGCUCAAUUUUCUGGUUUCUGGCCUACAUCAAAGGUGGAUUAAAUGGAGAUGGAGAAACGUGUGGAGAGGCAAAAUAUCUUCCUUUUUUAUCUUUUCCUCUGUAGUGAAAAGAGAACUAAAACUGCUGCACCACAGUAACUGCACUUUAAUAAAGCAUGACUGGCAACUUGUAUGGUUCCCAUAUUUAAAAAAAAAAAGAAAAAAAAAAGCAUUUGAUAACUUCUACGUUAUGUUCUCAGCUUUGUGAAAAAGGGUUUUCUGUAUAUUUUCUCAACCUUUACUGUAGACAAAAUAAAUGCUAACAAAUAUAUUUUUCUAUGAGAUGAUGGUGGAUGUGAGAGUGCUUUUAUAAUUACUAAAUGAACCAAUUCAGGGUUGUGUAGAUGAAAAGAGGAUGCAUGUGUACCAUAUUGUCAGUGAUGAACUUUCAGGAUGGUAAAGUAUUAACAUUGAGGUUUCAUUCGUGAUACAGGACACUGUCAAGCUCUUACAUGUUGUUCAUAUUUCGUUUGGAAAAACGCUGAAACAGGCCAGCAGGAGAGUGCCAGUUCUGAUUUCCUGCUGGUUCUUGAUGUCUGCAUGCAUGCUGCAAGCGCAAACGUAUUUGCUUACUGUAUGAGGGCUAUGGCAUGAAAAAUAUUCCAAGCAAUUGUGGCUUCGGACGUCCCACCAAAACCUGACAUUUUUCAUCUCAGUUUGAUCCAGAACUGGAUCGGAAAUGAAAUGGCAAUAUUAAUUUCCCCCACUGGUAUGGAUUGUGUUUGCUGAAAAAGCAAGCCGAGUAAAACGGGAAACUGUUUGAGACAGAGAGGUUAUGAGACAUGUAUUGGUUCCUCCAGAUUUGUGUGUGUUGUUUUGAUACAGAGUACUAUAUUGUUAGGAAAGACUAUGUAGAUCCACAGCUGAACUAAAUGCAUCAUUAACUGUAAGUGCCUUAAAAGACUGUGUCCUAAUAACUGGAUUGUAAGAAUAGAAAUUAAAUAUUUGAGUGGAUUGUA